AUGUCGCCCUCCUACACCAUCACGACCUUCCGCUUCGACCAGGCCGCCAAUGGCUUCGUGAAGAAGGCGGCCGACCGCGAGCUCGGCGCCAACGAGGUGCUCGUCAAGACGACGCACAGCGGGCUCUGCUACACCGACGUCCAUGCGAAGCAUUCGAACAAGGGCUGCGGCCUGGGCCAUGAGGGUGUCGGCACCGUCGUGCGCAAGGGUGAUGCCGUCAGGGACCUGAAGCUUAGCCAGAGAGUCGGCUGGGGCUGGCUUCACCACUCCUGUGGCGCGUGUGAGUGCUGCGUCGACGGCUACAGGCAGUACUGUGCCGACGCGUGUGGCUUCGCCUUCGGAGAACUCGAGCAAGGCUCAAUGGGCGACUACGCCAUUCGCAACCGGUCUUUUCUCUACCCCAUCCCCGACGACGUGCUGUCCGAGAACGCUGCUCCGCUCAUGUGCGCUGGCGCGAGUACCUUCGAAGCUCUCACCGCCGCUGAGACUAGAUCGAGCGAUAGAGUCGGUGUCGUCGGCGUAGGCGGGCUGGGACACAUGGCGAUAAUGUUCGCGCGCGCUUGGGGCUGCGGCGUUACGGCCUUCUCUAAUGACGAGGGCAAGAAGGAUGAUGCGCGAGAACUCGGCGCAGAUGAGUUCUUCACGCUGGACUCGCUCCGCAGCGGUCGCCCUGCAUCCGCGUCGCCCGUAAAUGUGCUGCUCCUAUGCUCUAACGGCAUCCCAGAGCUCGAAUUGCUGCUGCCACUGCUGGCGCGCAGGGCGCGUAUCGUCUUCAUGACCAUCCAGCAGGAGCCCGUCCAGAUUCCGUACAUGCCGUUCAUCCUCCCGGGCCACAAGAUCAUUGCUUCAACUGAAGCAUCAAGAAAGACUUACAUAGAGAUGCUGCGCUUUGUUGGCCGGCAUAAACUUGCCCCGUGGAUUCAGAAGUUCCCCAUGACCGAGGCUGGAUUGGCUGACGCGUUUGCGACGCUGGAAGAAGGAAGGAUGCGAUACCGCGGAGUGCUCGUAGCUGAAUAG